UUUUCUUUUCCUUUCAACUAGGCUUUGAAUCUUCAAAAGAGACAGACAGCUGUGAAGUCUGACUCUCUCUCUUCCUCCCUCUCUCUAUUUCUCUCUCUGCAUCAGAAUCUGCUACCAAAGAGAAAAUAAUGCCCAUUGUUCAGUCACAUACACUCCUCUUUCAGGUGAGUUUUCUGCUGUGAAAGCGGUUACUUUUUCUGCAGUAGAGGAGGAAACAUUUCUUGACAAUGAGUGCCCUCUUUUUUAAGGAUCUGUUCCUUCCAACUUCCACAAACUGGAUGUUCAUAUUUGUGUAUGUACAUUUGGGAGAAAUAAAUCUGAUGCUGAGUUAUUGACAUCUAAAAUAAUGUUACAGGCUGAAACUGGGUAUUAAGCCAUUCCUGGUUUCACCCUUGAACAUGAAAUCAAAAUUCAAAAGUAGUUGGAGAUCAAUUGUGCCUCUGCGAACGCAGGGAGAAUCAGCGACAAGGUUCUGCGUGUUUCCUAAGGUUAAAUCAGCUAGCUUUAGCCAAGGAAACACUCCUGUUUACCUCAAUGUUUAUGAUUUAACACCUGUCAACGGCUAUGUUUACUGGGCUGGACUUGGUGUCUUUCACUCUGGGGUUGAAGUGUAUGACAUUGAAUAUGCUUUUGGAGCCCACGACUUUCCUACUAGUGGUGUAUUUGAAGUUGAGCCCCGGCAAUGCCCUGGAUUCAGGUUUCGCAGGUCAAUUUUUAUUGGCACGACACAUUUGAACCCUCACCAAGUUAGAGAUUUCAUGGAGAAGCAGGCCACAAAUUACUGUGGUGAUACAUAUCACUUGGUUGUCAAAAACUGCAACCAUUUCUGUGAGGAUAUAUGCUACAAGCUGACUGGAAAACGGAUACCAAAAUGGGUGAAUCGUCUGGCAAGGAUAGGCUCGUACUGCAACUGCAUACUCCCGGUGGCUCUAAAAACGAGCAAGGGGCCACAUGAUACAAACUGUCAAGAUUCAGAGAGUGAGAAGAAGAGUCUGAGAAGCUCUUUCAGCUGCUUCUCUUCGAUUUCUAUGCACCCAAAGGAGAAAGAUGCAUCGAUAUCAUCGUUGGUCUUACAAUCACACUAUAAAGGCUGUCUGCCUCCUUGGGAUUUAAAGAAAUCAAGAAGUACUAAAUCUGUGAAAGAAGGUUAGAGAAUAGGAUUUUGUUUUUCUUUUUUCUUUUCUAUUUUUGUGGAUUCUUAGAUUGUUUUAAUUUUUGGGUUACAAGUACCACCACAUUGAAUGUAGUUAUCUCAAUGAGGUUUGAGGGUAAAACUGUUGCUGUUUUUCCUCUAUUCUGUAAUGUGUGUAUUAUGUUCUCAUCUUUCUUCUUGUACUUUCUUGAUGAUGCAUCUGCAGAAAUAUGAUGUAUUUGUUGCUAA